AUGGGCCUCGGCGCAUACCUUCGUUUCACAUUAUGCGCUGGACCUGAGGAGGCAUCAGGACUCUUCGGUGGGCUGCGCUGUGUUGCAGUCUGUCUCUUCCUGAUGGACCUCCGCUCCCUCCUCCAGGUCAAUGUUUUGGCUUUUUGUUUUGGAAGAGCUCAGGAACUUGAAGACAGGAUCUGGGCCCAAAGCUUAUCUUCACUUUUCCUUCUCUUUAAGGACAUUGACACAUUUGGAAACAGAAUGUUAAUGCUUGAUGGGAUGCCUGCAGUCAGAGUCAAAUCAGAGCUGCUGGAAUCAGAACAAGGGUCUCCAAACUCCCACAUUUAUCCAGAUAUGGAAGCUGUACCCCUGUUGCUGAACAGCAUGAAGGCAGAUCCAGAAGAGGACUCCUUAUCCACAGACCAUUUCCAAACACAAACUGAGCCAGUGGACUUGUCGAUAAACAAAGCCCGGUCGUCCCCUAUUGCUGCUUCGUCGUCACCGGUGUCCAUCACUGCGUCUGCGUCGUCUCCUUCCUCUACUUCAACGUCUUCUAGUCGACCAGCAUCGUCACCGACAGUAAUAACAUCAGUAUCUUCAGCAGCAUCCGCUCCAUCAGUAUUAACUCCAGGCCCGCUUGUGGCAUCGGCAUCGGGUGUUGGAGGGCAGCAGUUUUUGCACAUAAUUCAUCCGGUUCCACCUUCUAGCCCCAUGAACCUACAGACCAACAAAAUGAGUCAUGUACACCGCAUUCCAGUGGUGGUCCAGUCGGUACCUGUGGUCUAUACAGCUGUGAGGUCACCGGGGAACGUGAACAACACUAUAGUAGUACCGUUAUUGGAGGAUGGGAGAAGCCAUGUCAAAGCACAAAUCGACCCACGUGGGCUGUCUCCCAGGCAAAUUAAAAGUGACAGCGAUGAUGAUGACCUGCCAAAUGUGACCUUGGAUAGCGUUAAUGAAACCGGAUCCACUGCCCUGUCUAUAGCUCGAGCCGUUCAAGAAGAGAGCAUGUGGGGCUGUGCCAGGUCAGCUGUUAACACUUUUCGUUUUUUCAACUCCAGUUCAAUUUCACCAUUCAGCAUUGAGAGCACAAGACGCCAGAGAAGGUCUGAGUCCCCCGACUCCAGAAAGCGCCGCAUCCACAGGUGUGACUUUGAAGGAUGCAACAAGGUAUACACGAAAAGCUCCCACCUGAAGGCUCACCGGAGGACGCACACAGGAGAAAAACCAUACAAAUGUACGUGGGAAGGAUGCGCAUGGAAGUUCGCCCGUUCCGAUGAACUGACAAGGCACUACCGCAAACACACGGGAGUCAAGCCAUUCAAGUGCGCAGACUGUGACCGCAGCUUUUCCCGUUCAGAUCACUUGGCGUUACACCGCCGGAGGCACAUGCUCGUCUGAAAAAAGAUGCUACCUUGGGGGAAAAAAAUGGAAAUACCAAGAGCUGGGUCUCUUUUAACUCCAGUGAAUUCAGCAGGGCUGAAUCCCGCUUUGAUGGCGUUAGCACAAAAGAGGGGCGUUCUGGGUUGCCCCGCACACAACGAAAGCAGGAAACGCUGUGCCACUCUUCUCCCACCCGUCUGAAGUUGGCUUUCCAGAAUGGGCAAAGUUAUCUUCUUCCACGGGGAGAUAGUAAGCCCCACCCCAAAUGCCACAAGGUUGGGCAUUGUUUUCCAUCCUGUGUCCUUUUAAAAAGUAUUUAUGGUGUGUGCACCUUUUUGGAACCGUCACACUUUUCCCCCUCCUAACAUAUUACUGCUAUCACAAUGACCAGAUGUCACAGACAUUCGAAACGAACAAGCCCUCUGGACCGCCGUUGCUUUUACUUUAUGUGUCAUUUUUCCUUUUAAUUACUAUCAAAAACACUUGCUGAAUAUCACCAUUUUUCUGAUUGUUGAACAAUUAACAAUCUCCAAAGCCAGUAUAGACAGCCUGGGAAGAGGAGGGAUUAUAAAAUCGAUCUCUUUAAUAUGAAGGGAUUCCUCUGCACACAUAUGCAAUAAAAAUGGUGGUAUUUUUCACAUUUA